GUUGGGGACGCCCGGCGAAGAAAGGAGGGUGAGGGAGAGAGCGAGUUCAGUGGGACCCUCGGCGCAUGAACACUUGAGGAUGGCGAGCGUAGGGAGGAUUAACGGUCCUUGGGGUUUCAGCCAUGCAAAGAAAGUGCGACCGAAUGCGAGCGUACUGUGUUGCAGGCACAGGAUUGUUUAAGAUCGCGCGUCGAGCGCCAGGGGCAUGGAUUGCAGCCAAGGCGAUCUACUAGCAGCGACGACGGCAACCAUCCCUGCUCCGCUAAAGUCAUCUUCCAACUCACGAGGAGAAAGAUCACAAGACACCCUGCCGCCGGUAUCGCAACCUCAACGCAAACGCUUCCAAGUCCGUUUCGAUCGCGAAAAGAUCCGCAGCCUCAGCGGGUCCGACAAAGUAGAUCUCUUCCGCGACUACAUCAAAUGCCAUCAAGCCGACGAUGCGCUGUAUGUCUACACGAUCCUCAAACAAAACGACCUGAAUGUCCGCCUCAAAUACGAUGACUACCACGGGUUCUUCCACACCCUCAUCACCAACCCGAACAAGUACCGCGACGCCAUCAACACCCUCGUCAGCGAUAUGCGCCGGUACGGAUACAAACCGAGCGACAACUUCUUAAUGGACUUGCUGGUCUGCUGCAAACGCUGCGGGGAUUUCGAUACCGCCAUGAGCGUGUACGACGAGCUGAAAGCCGCCAAACGCGCCAUCUCCCUGCAAGGCUACAACGCCCUCCUCGACCUCUGCACGCACCACGGCGGGCUCGCGCAACGCCAACGCGGCGUCGACAUCUGGUCCGAGAUGCUCGCCUCCUCCACGCCGAAUUUUUGCCUGGACUCGGAAUCCUACCGCAUCGGCAUGGAACUGUUCGGCAAACUCUCGAAUUCAUCCGAAGUCGACAGCAUCUACGCCCGCGCAAUCACCGAGUGGAAAAAACACCGCGUCGCCACCCUCCAACCCACCGCCGCCGCCAGCCGCAUCCACAUCGACAACGCCUACCUCGGCGUCCUCGUCAACACCGCCCAAUACAGCCGCGCCAAAACACUCUUUGACCGCUAUUACCUCCCCGGAGCGCCCCUGCACGGGGAUAAAGCUUUCUCACUGGCAGCUCUCCGCCGCACACUCAACAUCCUCCUCAAAAUGUGCGAAGCCACCCGCGACUACCCCUUGGCCCACGUUUAUUGGACGGAUUUCACCCGCCGCGGCGUGCACCCGGAUGCUGUCGCCUACGGGCGCAUGAUCACACUAUCCUCCCAUGAUUUAGUUUUAGCGCAGGAGUACUUUGAGAAAGCGGUCCAAGUCCACGGCGCCGACGCCAACAUCCGCAAACUCACUAAACUGCGCACCGCCCUACUCGCCGCACACGCCCUAUCCCCCUCCGGUGAUAUAAAAGUUGCGUAUGAACUGUACGAAGGGAUCCGCAACGACGCGGGGGGAAAGGUACCGAGGAGUGCGGUGGGAAGUAUGGUUGGGAUGUGUUUGCGGGCGAGGGAUUUGCCGAUGGCGUUGGGGGUGUGGGAACGGGCCGGCGUUGAGGGGGGCAUUGUUUUGGGGGCCGGGGAGGAGAAGGAGGGGAGGGAGGUGAGGGAGAUGGCGGAUGUUGUUGCGGCGUAUCGGAGGAUGUGGCCUGGGCAGUAGAGGGCGGAGGGAGGGGGUUGAGAUUUAGACACCGUAAAUUUAGAGUCCCUGAACGAAGUUACCUUGUGUCAUUGGAUAGCAGUGACAAAGACCAUCUAACCGUCGGGUACGGCGACCUCUACACAUAUCUGUCUGCUGUAUUGUCCAGGGUCUGUCUGCCUCC